AUGUUGUAUUAUGAGGAGGCACAAACAAUAACGAUCAAUCACGGGUGUCGCGAAGCCUGGGAUCGAGUUGGUGAAGCUCAAAGUUGCAGUGACAACAUGGGGACACAAGGAUCUGGAAGAAAGCGCGCUCCUUUGAAAGACAGGUUUUCAGCAGAAGAUGAGGCUUUGAGCAGUAUCGCUCGGGAGGCGGAGGCGAGGCUUGCAGCGAAGAGGGCGGCUCGGGCCGAGGCCAGGGAUAUUCGAAUGAGGGAACUGGAGCGGCAACAGAAAGAGCUUUCUUACCACUCAUCCAGCGGUGGCAACAAAAAAUGGGGUCAGAUCCACCAGUGGAUGGCAGAAACAGAAAAAGCCAGAUCCACUAGUGGUAGUAGAGCCAGCAGCCGUCAGCAUCGGGGGCUGGAUGACGAUGUCACGUCAGUCCGCAGUUACAGGUCAACGUCGUCCGCCAUGCGCGAUCUAGGAUCAAACAAGAGUCGAUCCAGCUCCCGUAGAAAGGAUGCUUUGUCGGAUGGCCUCUCCUCUAGCUCCGUCCUCAAGAGUUCUCGCUCCACUAGCUCUGUGUACAAUGACCUGCGCAGCCAUAAAAAGUCGUCCAGCUCCUCAAAGAAGGACCUGCUGACUGGACUGUACCACGAUCAGAGGAACUACACCAGCCUCACGAAGACCAAAGCUCCACCUCUGCCUUCCACUUCCACCUAUCAGCCCCGGGUCGGUCCAGCUGCCACCACUUCCUCUGCGUCCACCACUGGCACAGGGCUGUCUCGCAGCUACAGCAUGGCCUCUAUUUAUGACGACGCCGGCCUUUACGGCUCAGGAUACAGUUCAAAAGCUCCCUCUGAAUACAGCUGGUACUCCUCUGGAGCCAGCUCCACUCGCAGCAGCCCCGCGCACUCCUCCUCCGACGAUGACACUGUCAGCAGUGUGUCCCAGGAGCGCUGCAGCAGAGGCCGGAGAGACAGUGCGUCCUCUGACUUCUCGGACAUUAGCGAGUCAGCUGCUGAUUAUUUCAGUCGCUCCAACCGAAGGGGCAGCAUCGUGUCUGACCUCGACGAUUUGAGCAUUCCGGAUUUGGACGCACUGGAUGAAAAAUGCGACAAGCAGUUCUCAGAUUACAGUCGGCCAUCCUCCCGCUGCACCACCCCAGGGCUCUCGGCAGCCGCCCUGGCCACGCUGGGUGGGACUUCCUCACGGCGAGGGAGCGCCGACACGGGCAGCGCCUACGACCCCGACACCAGCCUGAGCGAACUCAGGGAUAUCUAUGAACUAAAGGACCAGAUUCAGGAUGUAGAAGGGCGGUACAUGCAAGGGCUUAAAGAGCUAAAGGAGUCGCUUGCCGAGGUUGAGGAGAAGUAUAAGAAAGCCAUGGUGUCGAACGCGCAGCUGGACAACGACAAAGCCAACCUCAUCUAUCACGUGGACACGCUCAAGGACGUCAUAGAGGAGAUGGAGGAGCAGACGGCCGAGAUGAAGAGGGAGCUGGAGGAGAAGUCCAAGGAUCUUGAAAGACAAAAGCACACGUGUUCGGUUCUGCAGCACAAACAGGAGGAGCUGAAGGAGGGCAUCCGCCAGAGAGACGAGCUGAUAGAGGAAAGCCAGCGAAUGCAGACUAAGUUAGACGCCCUCACCCGAGAGGUGUUUGAUCUCCAGGAAACGAUAAACUGGAAGGACAAAAAGAUCGGGGCCCUAGAGAGGCAGAAAGAAUACUUUGAUUGCAUUAGGAAUGAAAGAGACGAGCUCAGAGAUGAGCUCGCCGACAUCAAGGGGAAGGCCAAAGCCGGAGAGAAACACGGCCUGGUCAUCAUUCCAGACGGCACACCGAACGGAGACGUCAACCACGAGCCUCUGUCCUCGGGGAUCACCCUGGUGUCCCAGGAGGCCGCCCAGGUGCUGAAGUCUGCCGGAGAGGGCCCGCUGGACGUGAGGCUACGGAAGCUGGCAGAAGAGAAAGACGAGCUGCUGGGCCAGAUCAGGAAGCUGAAGAACCAGCUGGAGGAGGAGAGGCAGAAACACUCGAAGGCGGACAGCGCCUACACAGACGGGGAGCGGAUGGAGAACGGUACAGACCUGCACUUCAUCGAGAUGCAGAGGGAUGCCAACAGGCAGAUUAGCGAAUACAAAUUCAAGCUCUCGAAAGCGGAACAGGAAAUGGGUACAAUGGAACAAAAUAUCACCCGACUGGAAGGGCAGGUGUCCCGGUACAAGGCAGCGGCCGACAACUCGGAGAAGAUCGAAGACGAGCUCAAAGCAGAAAAACGGAAACUUCAGAGAGAGCUGCGCACCGCUCUGGAUAAGAUCGAGGAGAUGGAGAUGACCAACAACCAUCUGGUGAAGCGCCUGGAGAAGAUGAAGGCCAACAGGAACGCGCUGCUGUCCCAGCAGUGAGGCCGCGGCGCCGCGCCCCGGAAGCCCUUAAACUCGCACCUCAGACCUCUGACUGCAGCCGCCGCGCCCGGAACUCAUCUCCACCUGCAGCCGUCACACUCUAAGAUCUGUAGCUAACCAAAAACACUUCAGACUCGUAGCACGGGCAAAGGAAAAACAGACCUGUGUCCUCUUUGUCUGGUUUUUAAACGGGAGAUGCUUUUUGUCUGGUGGGCCGCCAGCACUUUUGGGAGGAGUUCCUCAGAAAACUAAUAGAAAUGUGUAAGCUGCCGGGAUCUGAGGAAGUUUCGUAUGUCACUACUUACAUUUUCAGACCUUUAUUAUUACACCGUGCUAUCAAGGUGACUUCAUUUCCCUUUGGUUGGGUGCUUGGUUGUUGUUUAUUUUUUUUGUUUGUUUUGUUUUCUUUUUUUAAGUUGCAUGAGUGGGUAUAAUGAUGCUUUUAAACUAUUAAACCCUCCCGUGGCUGCUCCGAGCCUGCACCUUCCAAGCUUCCCCUCACACAGUGAAGUGCCUUUUCACACUAGGAGACUGGGAGUCAAUGAGACAGUAAUUGUUUUAACAGGUACAGUAUGAUGUAUUUAAAAAAAUAAAAACAAAAAAAAAGAGAGAGAGAGAGAAAAGUGAGGUCGUCAUUUGAA